CGCCGCCGCCGCCCCCGCCCCCUCCCCGCGACUCGGCCGCGCUCCGCGCCGCGGGCUCUAUGGGGAAAGCGGCCGCUCUGUGCCGAGGCGGCGGCUGUGGCGGCCGCUCCCGCGGACUCUCGUCGCUGUUCACGGUUGUCCCCUGCCUGUCCUGCCACACGGCGGCGCCGAGCAUGAGCGCUUCCACGGCCGGCCCGGGGCCGGAGCCCAAGCCCCAGCCCAAGCCCCAGCCCCCGCCGCUGCCGAAGCCCGAGCGGCAGCCGGUGUCAGAACAGGUGUCGGAGCCGGUUCCCGAGCCGGUGCCAAGGUCGGAGCCUGUGUCCGAGAAGACGUCUGAGCCAAGGCCGGAGUUCAGACAGGGAGCCGAACUGCUGCUGGGAUUGGGGCGGGGGUCAGGGGGCCGGCAAGAGUUGGGCUCAAGUGCAGGGGCUGGGCCCUACUCCGAGGCCUCGUCGGAGCAGCUGCCGGCACUGGGGCCAGGGGUGGGCAGCGCGCCCUGGGCCAAACCCGAGCCAGGGGCGCUGCCGGCGUCUAAGCCCCUGCCCCUUCUGCGACCCAGUCAGGUGAAGGCGUCCCUUGGGGUUCCAAUGUCAGGGACUGGCACCACCGCCACUGCGCCUAAGGUCUUACUGCCUCUGGACAGCUUCAAGGGCUGGCUGCUCAAAUGGACCAACUACCUGAAAGGCUACCAGCGCCGUUGGUUUGUGCUCAGCAAUGGCCUGCUGUCUUACUACAGAAAUCAGGGUGAAAUGGCCCACACCUGCCGUGGCACCAUCAACCUGUCCACUGCGCACUUUGACACGGAGGACUCUUGUGGUAUCGUGCUGACCAGUGGGGCAAGGACCUACCACCUCAAGGCCAGCUCGGAGGUGGAGCGGCAACAGUGGAUCACCGCCCUGGAGCUGGCCAAGGCCAAGGCUGUCCGCAUGAUGAGCAGCCAUUCAGAUGACUCUGGGGACGACGACGACGAGACCACCUCUCCAGCUGACAAGAGUGAGCUACACUACACCAUCAAGAGCCUCUCUGUGAAGUUGGAUGACCUCAGUACGUGCAAUGACCUCAUCGCCAAGCACGGCGCUGCACUCCAGCGCUCCCUGAGUGAGCUGGACGGCCUCAAAAUUCCCUAUGAGAGCUGUGAGAAGCUGAAGGUCGUCAACGAGCGAGCCACCCUCUUCCGCAUCACUUCAAAUGCUAUGAUCAAUGCCUGCAGAGACUUCUUGGAACUAGCAGAGACACACAGCCGGAAAUGGCAGCGCGCCCUGCAGUAUGAGCAAGAACAGCGCAUCCACCUGGAGGAGACCAUUGAGCAGCUAGCCAAACAGCACAACAGUCUCGAGCGCGCCUUCCGCAGCGCCCCUGGCCGGACAGCCAACCCCACCAAGAGCUUCAGCGAAGGAAGCCUCUUAACUCCCAAAGGAGAAGACAGUGAGGAAGAUGAAGAUACUGAGUACUUCGACGCCAUGGAAGACUCUACAUCCUUCAUUACCGUGAUCACUGAGGCCAAGGAGGACAGAAAAGCAGAGGGUGGGACCACAGGCUCAGUGGACUGGACCUCAUCAGACAAUGUGCUAGAUGGCGCCUCGCUUGUGCCCAAGGGCCCCCCCAAAGUCAAGAGGCGUGUCCGCAUUCCUGACAAACCCAACUACAGCCUUAAUCUCUGGAGCAUCAUGAAGAACUGCAUUGGCCGGGAGCUCUCCAAGAUCCCCAUGCCGGUCAACUUUAACGAGCCCCUGUCCAUGCUCCAGCGGCUGACGGAGGACCUGGAGUACCACCACCUGCUGGACAAGGCGGUGCACUGCACCAGCUCGGUGGAGCAGAUGUGCCUGGUGGCCGCCUUCUCCGUGUCCUCCUACUCCACCACUGUGCACCGCAUCGCCAAGCCCUUCAACCCCAUGCUGGGGGAGACCUUUGAGCUGGACCGCCUCGAUGACAUGGGCCUGCGCUCCCUCUGCGAGCAGGUGAGCCACCACCCACCAUCAGCUGCACACUACGUGUUCUCCAAGCAUGGCUGGAGCCUCUGGCAGGAGAUCACCAUCUCCAGCAAGUUCCGGGGAAAAUACCUGUCCAUCAUGCCGCUAGGUGCCAUCCACUUAGAAUUCCAGGCCAGUGGGAAUCACUACGUGUGGAGGAAGAGCACCUCGACUGUGCAUAACAUCAUUGUGGGCAAGCUCUGGAUCGACCAGACAGGGGACAUUGAGAUCGUGAACCAUAAGACCAAGGACCGGUGCCAGCUAAAGUUCUUGCCCUAUAGCUACUUCUCCAAAGAGGUAGCCCGGAAAGUGACAGGAGUGGUGAGUGACAGUCAGGGCAAAGCCCACUACGUGCUGUCAGGCUCGUGGGAUGAACAGAUGGAGUGCGCCAAGAUCGUGCAAAGCAGCCCCAGCAGCCCCAGCUCGGAUGGGAAGCAGAAGACAGUGUACCAGACGCUGCCAGCCAAGCUGCUGUGGAAGAAGUACCCACUGCCGGAGAACGCGGAGAACAUGUACUACUUCUCGGAGCUGGCCCUGACCCUCAACGAGCACGAGGAGGGCGUGGCGCCCACCGACAGCCGCCUGCGGCCCGACCAGCGGCUGAUGGAGAAGGGGCACUGGGACGAGGCCAACAGCGAGAAGCAGCGGCUGGAGGAGAAACAGCGCGUGUCCAGGCGCCGGAGGCUGGAGGCCUGCUCGCGGGGCUGUGGUGCCGAGGAAGCAGAGAAGGAGGCCGAUGUGUACAUGCCGCUGUGGUUCGAGAAGAGGCUGGACCCGCUGACCGGGGAGACGGCCUGCAUAUACAAGGGCGGCUACUGGGAGGCCAAGGAGAGGCAGGACUGGCACAUGUGCCCCAACAUCUUCUGAGCGCCACCUCUCCUGCAAAUACAGGCGCCUGCACAGCCUGGUCCACCUCUUCUUUAAUGCACUCAAUUUAGUACUCAGUGGCCCUCCCCCCAAACCUUCCCACCCUCGCCUUUUUUUUUUUAAACACUUUUUUGGGGCUCCCACCUUGGAAGGAGGAAGUGCUGAUCUGCAUUCUCUUCAGCCCCCAGGUGCUCCGGGUCACCAGAGCCCCUUCAUUGUGGACUUGGGUCCCAGUGGGACCCCAGCUCCCAGUUACCACAACUCAGGCAGGCUGGCCCAAGUCCUGGGCUGCCCCAGUCACCAGCCCCACCCAGGGAGGCACUGGCUCCUCCUGAGGAGCCACUUUUGACUUUUUUAGAAAAAACUAUCUCCAUUUCUUUCCAGCCAAGACGUUUAGUAAAUAUUUUUAGUACAACACUUAGCAGACAACUUUCUAAGUGUGCUUUCUUGCCACAAAUGUGUCCUGGCAAGAGCCCCUUCUUUUUAAGACAUCAGGAAGCCAGACCCCUUUGAGCAGGGAGCAUUUUGUAGCUUGACAUAGCAGGGCCACGUUUGUGUCACGGCUGCCCAGUCACUGGGAGCACGGACUCCACAGAGAAGGGAACUGGAGGGGCCACCUGGCCCAGGAGACCACAGGUCAGUUGUCUCUGGAGCUACAGCUGCACCCACUGUGGGGGAGGGGGCACUGAGGGGCCCCCACGUAGAUUUGAGGGCAACAGCCCCUUGCCUAGCCUUGGCCAUGUGAGGGCUGCUCCCUCGCCCCAGAGGCCGGGAUGGGCUGGGGGGCAGGGCCUGCAGGUGCUCCCCACCCCAGAACCAGGCCCCAAAUCAGCAAUAAGAACACUCGGCUCAGCCUGGGCUAGUGCCCCCAGGCACCAGAGACCCAGUGUCCCGCCUCGGCCUCAGGCACCUCCGGAGUGCCCAUCUCCACACCCCCUGAACUCCUUAUUUGCCUGAUUUAUAUAUAUAUGAGAUAUAUUAAUAUAUAAAAAAUAGCUAUUUUGCUUAAAUUUCUAUGGUAUGUGAAAGCUAAAAAAUGAUGAAGACAGGGUGCACUCCUGUCUGAGUUUGGCCCUCCUGUCAGCUGUGCCCCGCCCUCUCCUCGGAUCCCCUUCCAACAGCUCCUUUCGAUUGGUGGGGGGACUGAGCCAGUAUGGCCACUGUCCCGGCCCUUCAGAACCCCCACUCCAACCCCUCCCAUUUAAGUUUGGUCCUGAAAAUUCAUCACAGGGUUUUUUUCUGUAUACUCCAGGACUGGUUUUGUUUUUAUAAGAAAACAAAAGUGAAAACACCAACAUAUGAAAUGCCUUAGGGUGCCCACUCAAGAGGCAGGGCAGGCAGGGUGGGCUGGGUGACCCCACCAGGCCUGCAAGUAGAGCUGUGCAAUGUACCUCUUCUCACACUGUGAGGUAGCACCUUCUGACCGGUAAUAAAAACCUUGGAUUUGUUAUUUUCCAAGGACCUGUCCCUGAAUGUGUCUGUGACUGGGUGGAUCAGGGCUGAUGCAGAACAGGUGACAGCCUAUGAGGCAGCAUGGGGGCAGAGCCUGGGACUUUGUUCUGCUCUCCACUGAGGCACGCAAUGGAAAGUUGAUCUGAAUGGGGAGGGAAAAGAGGAGGGUGGAAGACCUGUUGAGACAGGGUCUGGGACAGGAAGGCUGCAGAGGGCAGAGAUAUAACCUAGGGGAAGGCUCACAGCUUUGCCUGGGGCUCUCUGGGGCCAAGCCAAGGCACCCACCGUGCUCUUCUCUCGUGCUCUUCUCUCGGAGGGAAGCUCACUUUGGUGAGUUCCAGGGUUACUGGGCAACCAUGACCUGGAAGGCUUUUGUUGUCCCAGGUUGCUAAGCAACUCAGAUCACUAGCUCCCAGGUCUGGCCAAGAGCAGCUGGGCCUGGCCCACUGUGAGGGGGCUUCCCACUGACAGUGCUUCCAGGUGAAGGAUGGGGUCGGGGCAGGGCACCACAAGAGCAUCGCAGCCAUGCUCCAGUCUCCUGCCCUGAAGCCCCAGUGCUGUGCGAUCCAAGGCUGCCCCUGCACAGCUCCUUCCUUACCAGGGCCUUGCCUUCCCACCUGUGGGGAGGCAGGCACUGUGAGUCCUGCAGCUCUCACUGGCCAGAGGUGCAGGGUGGGUGAGGCAACCCCACAGUAAACCUGAACACGGGGCAGUGGAAGAGGGUCUGCCAAGAUGGACUACGUGGGCAAAGACCAGAGGUGACAAAAGCCAGGCCACUGAGAUAAGGUGAGGGAAGAGCCUGGAGUGAAGUCAGGCAGAGCUCUGAACAGGGAAUGACAUCAGGUUGAUGUUCUUGAACCCCUCUAACCUGAUCACAGGAGAUCAGCCUACACUCCUCAGUCUAUCCACCAGCCAUCACUGAGUAGACAAGGUCAUAGGAAAAAAGAUUCUGCACCAUAGGCUAUAAGGGGCCUCAAAAUACAUCUGAUCAAAAGAUGCAAAGACCUUCAUAGAUACAACUUUAAAAUUUUACUCAAUGACCGAGAAGACCUGAGUUAAAAGAGAAAACACCAUCUUCACAGAUGGCCAGCUGUUGUGUGUUGUUCCCAAAUCUAUAAAUCCAACAGGAUCCAAAUCCAAAUCCUAUGAAUAUUUUUAAACACUUGAGGAGUGGAUGAUGAACUGUACAUGGGAAAGUAACUGAGCAAUUCUUGAGAAGGUAGAAGACAUGGACUUGACCUGCAGAUACCCGAACAUGCUGGAAAGCUACCAUCAAAUUGCUUCCUUUUUCUCCACUGCACUUCUGGCACAGUGUGUCAUACUAUAUAGUUUAUUCGUUUGUUGACUGCCUCCCCCACCUCACAAUGGACUGUGAGCUUCAUGAGAAUAGGAAUCGUGUCUGUCUUACACACUAUAGCAUCCCCAGUGACUGAGGAGAUGAUCUGUAAAUAGGUGUUGAAUUAAUUCCAGGCCAGAAGGCCCAGCCAGAGCAAAAGUUUAGGAGGAUACUCCCUAGAGCCACUGGGAAGUGCGGCUGCAGCAGCAAUUGUGAGAGGGCCUCAGAGAUACAACUGGAAAGAGCUGAACCUAGGGGCCCAGGAAACUCCUGCUCCCACAAACGUGAGAGUCCAAGUCCUUGCUCCUGACAGACUGUGGGGGAGGAGGCCUGACGUUCCCUUACCCCCAGAGCUGGUGCUCAGCAUGACAUGGGUAAAGGACACCAGAUAGAAAAAUGUCAAAGUGUAGCAGACACCCCAAUGCAGUUUCUGAUUCUUCUUAUGAAGCUGGCCAACCUAACUUCAACAACAAAACCUGGAAAAGACAGCAUGAAAAUAUAAUAUGUAUUUCAAGCACCUGGGUGGCUCAGUUGGUUAAGCUUUUGACUUCAGCCCGGGUAAUGAUCUCGGGAUCUUGGGAUCAAGCCCUGCAUGGGACUCCCCAGUGAGUCUCCCUGUCUCUCUCCCUCUGCCCCUCCCCUGCUCAUACUCUCUCAAAUAAUUAAAUCUUUUUAAAAAAUAGAAUUUUCAAAAAUCCAAAUAGCAAAGAAAAUCCUGCCACAUACCAAAGAUUGAUAACUCAGGUUGGUAAAUCCAUGCCCAACUUAACUUAGGGUUACCACAGAAAUGCAAGAAUGUGUCAGUAUUGGGAAGCUUUUCAUUGUAAAUCAUUAAUCAACCACCCUUGUGUAAAACUAGGCAUGCUAGAUAAAAUUUUAAAAUAUCUUAAAAGCAUCCAUGAGUUGGAAAGAAUAUAAAGAAUACUCGGGCCAAGUAGUAAAUGACUGUAGAAACGUGGAAAGGUAAGAAGAGCUCUGAAGUCUGCUUUUCCCUCAUAGCCAAUGAACUUAAGUUUCAACUCCCUCAAAUGACCUUCCAAGGUAGGGUAUGUAAUAGGAGAUGUCCUCUAUAAAGCUGGACUCCCAAAAGUGUAUACCUUUGAUAUAAUGAAUCCAAAAUCAAAUACAGGAAAAUUGUUUGUCUUAAAGAUUAGUCCUAAGCACAGCAGAAAAGAAUCCCCUAAGAAUUUGUAAUCCAGAGCAGACCCUCACGUAGUUUGUUUGUUUGUUUUUUUAAUUUAUUUAUUUAUGAUAGACAUAGAGAAAGAGAGAGGCAGAGACACAGGAGGAGGGAGAAGCAGGCUCCAUGCUGGAAGCCUGACAUGGGACUCGAUCCUGGGACAAAGGCAGGCGUCAAACUGCUGAGCCACCCAGGGAUCCCCACGUAGUUUGGUUUUAUAGCAAAAUAUAUGCUACCUGGAUAUCCAGUAAAACCUCUAGCAGAGAGUAUAAUAUGGUCUCAAAUUGGCAAUGUCCCCAGAGUCACAUGAGAGAAGCAAAGAAAUCCUCUCUGGAGGCUCUCCCCUUCAUUCCAGGCUUAUGGAAUCCCAAAUAGGAAAUUGUAAAGAAAAUGAAUACCUUACAGUGUGAUAUCUCUAAACAUACAAGGAAACACAACACACAAGUUGGCCCAUGAGCACAGGCCAACUGAAAUAACAGCAGAAUCAGACAUAAAACUUCUCCAUAUAGUGAAAUUAUCAGACAGAAGGUAAAAUAAGCACACAUAAUAUAUUCCUAGAAAUAGAGGUUUUCUAGAAUUUUCAUUCCUGAAAAUGAAUGAACAAUAUUUUUACAAAGCUCUUUAAAAAUCAUUUAAAAUAAUAACUUUAUAAUAUUACACUACUAAAGAGCAUAUUAGUGACACAGAAGUAAUAUCUGAAUAAAGUAUUCAGAAUAAACACAAAGAUAUGAAAAAUAUGAAAAAGAAGACACAUAGAGAGUAAAGUGAGAAGAUCCCAUAUGUGUCUAAUCAAAAUAGAGCAGAACUCUAGCAAUAUCAAGUGUAGGUGAGGAAGUAGAGAAAUGAAGAACUUAGCAUGACAGCAUGUAAACAUUAAACAUAUACAAACGCUUCUGAAAAUAAUUUUUAAUACUUUUUUUUUUUAAAGAGAGAGUGCAAGUGGGGUGGGGCAGAGGGAGGAGACAGUUAAUCUUAAGCAGGCCCCACCUGGAGACCAUUGGCAGGGCUUGAUAUCAUGGCCUGAGAUCAUGACCUGAGCCAAAACCAAGAGUCUGAAGCUUGAGGCACCUGGGUGGCUUAGUCAUUUAAGCUGCUGCCUUCAGCUUAAUUAUUUGAAAAUUCCCAAGAUGGGACGCCUUGGUGUUUCAGCAGUUGAGUGUCUGCCUUGGGCUCAGGGCAUGAUCCCGGGGCCUGGGGAUCAAGUCCCACACCAGGCUCCACGGGAGGAGCUUGCUUCUCCCUCUGCCUAUGUCUCUGCCUCUCUCUGUGUGUCUCUCAUGAAUAAAUAAAAUAUUUUAAAAAUAAAAAUAAAUAACUAUUACCAAGAAGUCAUGAGAAAGACCAAUAUACAGAGUCAAUCUCAACAAAUCCUCAUCAGGAAAAUAAAAAGACAUCCAUAGCUAAAUACAAUACAGUGAAAUGGCAAGACUCUUAAAACAAUGAAAUCUUAAAAGUAGCCAGAUUUGGGGUGGGUGGUGGGAAUGACUUCAAUGAGCAUUGAUUAGGCAAGAGCUGACCUCCUAAGAAAGAAGGAAAAAGUUAUUUCUCCAAAGUAGAAAAGAUUAGUAUUCCCAGUAAAAAUAUCUUUCAGGAUCCAAAGGAAAAUAAAGGUAUUAAUAAAAACUUACUAAGACAAUAUUAAGAGUCUUGAGGAGUUAGACUUUGGUGAGUUAAGUAUUAGGUAAAAAGCACAGAGUAAUUGCUAAAGGAAGAAUAACAGAUUUCCAAAACAAGGGAAAACAGUAUAUGUGUGUGUGUGUGUGUGGGGGGGGAAUUUCAGUCAAUCUAAAAGGAAGAGGAAAAAGGAAUGCAGAUAAGGUGGAAUAAAAAUUACAAAAUAAGAAAAAUAAGUCAAUAAUGCAUCAAAUACACAAAAUUUAAGUAAGUUACAUCUUUGGGUAAGAAUAAAAAUAUCUGGAAUUUAAAAAAUCUCACUAUAUGUUACUUACAAGUAUAAACUGAAUACAGACAAGAUAGAUUUUAAAGAAAUGUGUAUUUCUAUAUGUCCACUCCUAGAAAUAAAAAAGUCAAUUUAUAAAGAUAAAAGAUAAAAUUCACAAAGUUCUAAAACUUUUAUGCACCUAAUAACAUCUCAAAAUAAAGUAAAACAGAAUAGUAAGGAGAAAUAGAUAAAUCCACAAUCAUAAUGGAAGAUUAUAAUAUACCUCUCCCUGUAGUGAGAGCUCAGAUAGGCAAAAAAAUAACAGCAAUGUUUCCAACAGCACAAUUAACAAACUUGAUGUAAUGGGCAGAUAACUGCAGAAUACAGGGAUGCCUGGGUGGCUCCGUAGUUGAGCAUCUGCCUUCAGCUCAGGGUGUGAUCGCACAGUCUGAGGAUCAACAUUGGGCUCCCUGCAUGGAGCCUGCUUCUCCC